AUGGCCGCCACUAUCAGGCGCACGGUCUUGCUGCUACUCCUUCUCGGCAUUGCAACGCAGCUGAGCUCCGUGGCUCUCGCCGGAUUCGGCCGUGGCCCGUUUGGUCGUGGCUAUGGGCGUCGUGGCUGCCGCCACGGUCGCUGUCGUGGCGGUGGCUUAGGUGGAGGUGGUGGUUUUGGUGGCGGCGGAGGGGGUGGCUUGGGUGGUGGAGGUGGCCUUGGUGGGGGGCACGGUGGUGGCUUUGGAGCUGGAGGUGGGGCGGGCGGAGGUGCCGGGGGAGGUUUUGGUGCAGGAGGUGGUGCCGGAGGAGGUCUCGGAGGUGGGCAUGGCGGGGGCUUCGGUGGUGGCGCGGGAGCUGGAGGAGGAGCCGGUGGUGGGCUCGGAGGUGGAGGAGGUGGUGGCUUUGGAGGUAGCGGUGGGGCGGGCUUGGCGGUGGUGCUGGAGCUGGACAAGGUGGUGGCUUUGGAGCCGGCGGUGGUGCAGGCGGUGGAGGAGGAUUUGGUGGCGGUGCCGGUGCCGGUGGAGGUCUCGGAGGUGGGCAUGGAGGGGGCUUCGGUGGUGGUGCAGGAGCUGGAGGAGGAGCCGGUGGCGGGCUCGGAGCUGGAGGAGGUGGUGGCUUUGGAAGUGGCGGUGGAGGCGGGCUAG